AUGUUGCGGUGUAAUAUUGCAUUGCUGCGUCAAAUCCGAAAGCCAGCGUUAGCGCUGGGUACUUCUGCUCUUAGAGUCUCUGGUAUCCGCCGGAUUUCCAAUCAACCUUCUGAAACUUACACUCAACUUUCCGAUGACAAUGAUCCUCAGCGCGACGUCUUCUUCAAGUACUCUUGGGGCACAUGGCUCAAAAACGAUCGUGUUGAAAAGGAGAAGAGAACGACUCGUUUUUCCAUCGAGGGCCUUUCAGACAUCAUUUCUGGGCUAUAUGCACAAUCUAAAGAACUGGAGAAAACAAAAGAGUCUAAAGAAAAAGGUGAAAUAACACCACCGUUGUAUAACCGUAAUCUUACGGUUUCUCUACCUCAUAACCUCAGUAUUAGUGAAAUAGGAACUUUGAAUCCCAACGAGGCUUUGAAAAUCACAGCGAUGGCUAGCAUUCACGAAGGAAAGCACCAUCGGAUCUACAAAGUGGACACCAAUGCCAAUAAGUCUUUUGUGCUCAGAAUACCGUACCCUAUUGACAGCGAAUAUGCUAUAUCUCAAAGGCUAAAGAGUGAAGUUGCAACUAUCGAUUUUGCUCAACUCAAAUUAGGGCUAAAUGUUCCCAAGGUCUACAGUUAUGGUGCCAAUUCUUUAAAUCCGGUCAGACAGCCAUUCAUACUGCAAGAGUACAUCGAAGGGAAGCUUUUGAUGCGUGACUGGGCGCCUUUGGAGGUCGACGCAGAGGACGGUAAAUCUCAUGUGGUGAAGUUGAAUAAGGUCAUUGAACCAUUGUCGCAAUUCCAAAGCAAGCUUUUGAGCGUUACUUUCAACCAAUUUGGCAGUCUAUAUUUUGCCAAAGACGUCUCGGGAAACGAGGAUUUAGCUUACAAUGGCGAAACAAAUGCCUCUUUGGCCAACAGAUGGAGAAUUGGACCUUCCGUGGAAAGGUGUUACUGGAGGAAAAAGUCCGCAUUGCCUGAGGAAGAGCUCAAGAAAUACGUUGGUCCUUGGCCUAGUGAUAAACCUCUGGACAUGAUAAGAGACCUGGGCCGACUGGAAGCUGAAAAUGCGAAAGCCAGGUUGGCUCUUCAACAGGCCGACGCAUCGCCCGCCCCUGUGGACGAGGCACUUUUAAGAGGCCAAAUUCGUGCUUUUGAAAGCCUGGCAAAAAUUUCUGACUCGCUUUUCAACAUCAAGUCGAGUGUGAUUCCCAACCUUGCCGAACUUUUGAAACCACGUCUGUAUCAGCCAGAUUUGGAUCCGAUGAAUGUGAUUCUGAAUGAAAAAGACAGCGACCAGGCCUACUUGUAUGAUUUUGAGGGCACAACCAUCAAACCGUUCCUCCUACAGAACUCCCCACAGUUUGUUGCCUACGAUGGACCUAAGAUCUACAACCUCGAAGAGGACGUUGAGGGCUACAAAGAUCUGUCGGACGCUGAAAAAGCACAGUACCAGUUCAUGUACAAACGCACACGCAACCAGCACUUGUGGGAAUCUGCUUUGAAUAAAAAUUCAAAAGCUUUGAUUUCUGCGGUAGCUCCACCUGUCAAACUUUUGAGAACACCCUACGUGGUGAGUGUGGAACGCAAGAAAGACGCAGAAUACCUACUAAUCGACGAGAGUCUCAUCCAAUUGCGAGAAUUGUGGGAAGUUUUUGCGAAAAAUGAGCUUGUUGCCAGCGCCAAGUUCCCACUGGAGUUCGCCGAGGAUCAUGUCAAAUCGCAUGCAACAGAUCUGAAUGCAUUCCACGAAAAACUGAUUAAGAGUCCAUUUGCCGCUACCCAGGGCUGGAUUCCUCAGGACAUGUUCGAUAAUCUUGUGAAAGCCGGUAUACUAGUAAAGGACAGUAACGGUGACCACGUGAUCAAAGAAUAA